AUGUCUGCACCCCGGGUUCACCCACGCCGUCGUCCUAUUUAUAAUAAUGCUCCCAUCUCCCGUCUUCCAACCUCCUCUUCUCCUCUUUCGUCUUAUUCAGAUCUAUCCGACCCAGCAUGUCGUCACUCAGCACUACGUAGCAUGCAGUUGAGGAAAGGUGCCACGUUCCACUCUCCAACGACCCCGCCGUCGCCAGGCUCCGAUCCUAUCCUUAACAUUCACUCUCUGCUUCGACGCUCUCCUACCUGCCCUAGGUCCCUGGAGGAUGUCAUUGCUGCCGGUGAAAAACGCAUGGCCGUGUUCAUAGACAAGUUCGAGCGUAACCUCUCUGGGCUUGGGGACUAUUCUCCGUCUAGUCCUUCUCCGUCUACUGCUUCUUCUUCUUCUUCUUCUUCUUCUUCUUCUACUUCUUCUCGCAACAGACAUAGGAUCCUCGAUGACGAUGACCUUCCGGUCCCACGCGCCAUCUUAGAUGCCCACGUUAUUCACGCUGACACCAUGGAUACCGACAGCACAGACUCAAAACACUGCAAGCCUCUUCGGAUUGACGAUUCCCCAGCAAUGAACUCCCGCCAACAUGCGUCUGAUAGCGGGUUGGGUACCUCGGUUAGCGGCACAAGUAACUCAACGUCGAUCCAUUCACGCGAGAAGGCACUUGACAAAAUGAAUCACUCACCCAAGGACCGCCAGAGCUUGCAGGAGCCUAAAGUGGCAUCAACACAAUCAGCUAUCACAAGAUCAAUCUCAUCUAACACUCUUGAAAUUCCUACUUUUGGUGUUGCUGCUCGCAAGAACAUCGAUCGUUUUAUUCUCAACCCUAUCCUUCUAGAGAAACGUUUAACCCCUUUCCACCCCCUAGCCCGUGGUGUGCCCGAGCGUAUUGAGAACAAGGAGAUUACCUGUCUUCGUGAUCUGGAAAAGACUCUUCUCUUCCUAGCACCGGUGAGUCAGCUUCUUGACAUCGAUGUGUCGGACUGUGCUCAUACAUUGCGAAACCAUAUAAAGAAGUUCACCACGUCCAAAGCAUCCUACAUUGCAUUUUGUGAAUUUACCAUUCAGUGCCUCCAUACCACUGUGGGAUAUCUGAAUGAGCGUGACCAGCGACGCCCAUCUGAUCGUCCCUAUACCAACGGUUAUUUCCUUGACCUAGUCGAACAGAUCCGUCAGUACGCGUCGAUGAUCAAUGCCGCUCGAGAAAGGAAGGGCCCUCGCCCCCGCUCGAGAAAUAGCGAGAACAACAAGGACUAUUCAUCGUAUGUGCAAGCACCCCUAGGAAAUAAUUCUCCUUCUGCCUUGGGCUCACAUGUUUUCAGUGACGAAGAGCUCACCCUUGAAGGUGGCCUGGCUGCCACUGGACGACCUGCUGAACUGGUCCGACGCAAGAAGAACCAGGCGAUCUCACUACGUACCAGAGAACCUUACGAAGAGAAGGCUUCUUCUGUGAUCCCAAUGAUGAAACGUAGCUUGAGCACGGAGACGUGCGAUGACAGUGUCACCCGUUCGAUGGCUCGACGCAAGAAGAAUGCACCUCCCCUUGACAUUAACCAGAAGUGCAAGGACUGUGAUAAGGUGUUCAAGAGACCCUGUGAUCUUACGAAGCAUGAGAAGACGCAUUCGAGACCAUGGAAAUGUGAUGAGCGCUCAUGCAAGUAUUUUGAGAUUGGUUGGCCAACUGAGAAAGAACGUGACCGUCAUGUCAAUGACAAGCACUCCAAAUCUCCACAGCUGUACAGAUGUCAAUUCCCACCUUGUACUUACCAGUCCAAGCGUGACAGUAAUCGCAAGCAGCAUAUGGAGAAGGCCCAUGGGUGGGUAUACGUUCGAUCUAAAAAUAAUGGAAAAGCCAGCAGUCGUGUGUCGAGUAGCCAUACUCCACACACUCCACAAACUCCAAUCAUGAAGACCCCGAACUCAGGCACAGUGGAUAUCCCCACGCCACUAAGCCACCCGGCCCUUUCCCCUUACCUAGCAAAUGUCUCUCCGUAUGAGCAGAGCUUGCAAUACAAUGCCCCUGGCUCUGGCACAUACCCGCUGGAUGAUUUGACGGAUCCCCAGAAUCAGGACUUCCAACUCUUCCCAGAUGCAAUGGACGAUUUUAACGCAUUUGUAUCACCCAUGGAUUUCAGCGCUUUCGAAGCCCAUUUGGCAGCUACAGAUCCUAACCAAUACAUUCCAAACCUGGACAUCCCUAUGUUGUCGUCAUCUUCCAGCACCAGCGCCGCUCCCGCCAGCGCACUCCUGGGCUCAGGUCUUCUGGACGAAACCCCCUUCGAUCCCAGAACCACAACCCCAAACUUUGACGUCGACUUUGACAACAUGGACAGUGAAUACAUAACCAUGAACAUGCAGCUUCUUACUCCAGCCCAAUCCGUAGAGGUACACGGUCUCAGUCCCUUCUCACGCAACACGUCCGUCAGCGGCCUUUCACCCACCUCCGUGUCCGAGCAGAAGAUUUCCAGUAACCUCUCCCCCACCGGACAGGGCAACUUGAUGCUCUACUCUCCCAACUCGCAACAGAAUAUCGAUGAAGGAUUCCAUGAUGCGUAUGGUAACCACAGCAAUAACCACAUGGGUAAACCGAAUGGUGACUUCACGCUCUUCGAAAGUCCGGGAGAUACCACGACUUCUGCACAGAACUUCCCAAUGCUGAAUACUUUUCCGCAUGAUCAGUAUAGUGCUGAUGAUGCGUGGGUGGUUCAGAUUGAUCCAAUGGAUAUGCACAGGGAGGCUGAUGAGUAUGUGAUGGAUUAUUAG